AUGCCACUUGCAAGUCGACCCUCAACUUGCAACUGGGUCUUCUUGUUUGAUGCUGCUUGCAAGUCGAUUGCAACUGGGUCUUUUAUUUUUUAUGCCAGUUGCAAGUGGACCAUCGAUUUUGCAAACGGGUUCCUUGUUUCAUGCCACUUGCAAGUGGACCCUCGACUUGGAACUGGGUCUUCUGUUUUCAUACCACUUGCAAGUGGACCCUUGACAUGCAAUUGGGUAUUUUUACUGGAUGCCACUUGCAAGUGGAUCUUCGACUUGCAAUUGUGUCUUCUAUUUUUUUUGAAGACACUUGUAAGUGGACUCACGACUUGCAACCGGGUUUCUUUGUUUUUCAUGCCACUUGCAAGUGGACCCUCGACUUGCAACCGCGUGUUCUUUUUUAUGCCACUUGCAAGUGGACCCUCGACUAGCACCGGGUUCCUUUGUUUUCCGUGCCACUUGCAAGUGGACCCUCGACUUGCAACCAGGUCUUCUUUUUUUGAUGCCACUUGCAAGUGGACCCUCGACUUUCAACCGAGUCUUCUGUUUUCAUGCCACUUGCAAGUGGACCCUCGACGCGCAACCGGGUUUUCUGUUUUGAUGCCAGUUGCAAGUGGAGCCUCGAGGUGCAACCAGAAUUGA